AUGGCAUCACAAAACAGCGUAACAGGGGACAGUCGCCUCUCCUUUGCAAAAAUUGCUGCUAUGGCCGCACCUCCGAACCCCCAAUCUUCCUCGGUAUCUGACGAUAACGAAAGCCCCCGGCUGGCAAAACCAUCACCUUGCUCAGAAGUCCAUGACUCUGGUGCUGCUUUGACAGAUUUGAAUCAUUUGAACACUAAGCCAGAGAGUAAUUCUGUUGCCCCGACAGUCGAUGAUUUAGGGAAGGCUGUGCAGGACAUUGACAUUGCGUUGAAGAAGGACAGCGAAUGCUCCGGUUCAUCACUUGAUAAACAAGAAAAUGGCUUGCUCAAGCGGGAGAAUUCGUUUGAAGACGAUCGUACCCACCUCUCCAGCUCGUCCACGAAGAUGACCAAUUUCGAUUCCAAAAGCCUCGCGUCGGUGACCACUUUUGCAAUGGAUGAAAAGGACUCAGUGCGGCCUGAUGAUAGUGCCAGCGUUCAAGCCAUUGAUGAGGAAGAAUCACUCUCAGGGCCUGCCUCUGGCGCGCCAAAUUCAGUCACUGGGUCUGAGGCUGGGGGUCGUGCAGUGCGCGACCAAUUCCGAGAUGGGAGCAUCUUACGACCGCGUGGGAUUCUUCCCGUUCCUGGCCCUAUUUUUAACGGCGGCGCUCAACGGAGCAAUGGGACAAUUCCUCCAGAUUCCGUUUCGAACAACUUCGUUCUCCCUUCCAACACCGGCAAUUUGCCAGAUGGUCAGAACCUCCACGGCUUUCCUCUUGAGCCGGAUGAAAAGCUUUUGGAGGCAAUGAACUCUCCCAAAGAUCGACUUCUGAUUCUUCAGCUGGAGGAAAAGAUCCGUUAUUUCAUCAAGGACUCCGAUGAGCAAUCAUUGGAGUUACCACCUUCAAAUGCUUUUGGGAGACUCCUCGCGCAUAAAUUGGGGGAUUAUUACCAUCUGACCCAUUUCGUGGACAACAAUGUGACAUCAGUUCGACUCCAUCGAACACCGUUCUGUCGACUGCCCACGCCGUUGUCUGCGGUGCAUGCUUCUAACAAUAGUACACCGCCGCCAACUGUUCCAGCCAUGAAAAUCAUGCGCCGAACCGACGGGGAGCGCCCGUCCACCGAAGGCAGUAUAGCAGCCAGCUCAUCUGUUCCCUCAAAGGCCCCAUCAGAAGCUGGAGACAGCGGCCAGGAUGGUGACCGCUCUGGUUCAGCGAAUGCUACGCCCGCCAAAGAUCGAUUGACCUUGACUAGGGAGGAACGUGAGGCGAAAUACCAUGAGGUGCGCGAACGCAUCUUCCGUGAUUUCCCAGAGAGCGCCAAGUCAGACACUGCCAGCGAUUCGAAUAAUAUAUCUCGCUCCAGCUCCACCAAUGGGCGCAAGAAAGCCCAUCGGCAGCGAACCCCUCAUGAUGACAGCUUCGAGGUCCGUUCGCAGUUCAAUGCCUACUACCCAGGAAUGCAAUUUUCCAACGGCCCAGCUUCAUACAAUGUUCCCUCGAAUGACAGCUCAUACUCCAAUCAAGUUCCUUACUUGGUUGGGCCUGGCGUGUCCCCGCCUGGCGGUGGCUAUGUCCCUUCGAGUCACAACGGGGCGAUAUACCCGGGCCAGAUGAACAUAAACACCAUGUCCCAAUAUCCGAUGACUAUGUCACCGCAGAUGGCAUCCAGUGGCUCUUGGCAAGGAGGGAGUAUGACGCCGCAAUCGCCAUAUUCCGGAUAUGCGUCAAUGAAUCACUCGGGGAUGAUGGGCCAGCAACCAUCGUCCAAGUCUUCGCCAGCGAUGAACAAUUACGCCAUCCCUCACACCGGGCAGUAUCAACAGGCUCCGGCAUGGAACUCUCCGCCAUACCCGGGGAAUUAUCAACAACCCCCAAACCAGCGUAAUCCGCCUUCUGCCUCCUGGUCUAAUUACCCAUCACAGUCGAUGAUGUCAAACAUGGGAGCGUAUCCUUAUGCCCAGUACCCCGGGCAACAUCUCAAUCCUGGUCUCCAGAAUUCUGGGUUUGCCCGGUCUCACUUCAACCCUCAGACACGAUCAUUCGUUCCUGGCGGAGCUCCUACCCGUCAUCCGAGCAAAGGGGCUCCGCAUCCAAUGCAGCCUUACCCUGCCAUGCCCCCCAGCAUCGCGGCCCAGUGGAAUGGAUAUCCAGAGGCCGCUCCCAACCGGGGAUUGGACCCGUCCCCGGCCGUACACAUGGGCCGAACGUCGACCACAGGUCCUCGAGACUCGAUUGCCAAAUGGGGCACGCCAUCUCAUUUACCUCCUAAGCCUCCGCCAUCCGAAGUCCCCUCGGAAUUUGACAUCAAGCACCGAACUGGUCCCGCACCGGGUCCUGCGUAUGCCGGUAAUGGUAUCCCCAAUACCAAAAAUGGGCCCCUUGUGGUCUCUGGAGGAACCAGCUUUCCCAAGCCAAACUGA